AUGGGACGCACGGCGUGUCCCACUGGCGAGGCGCUUCUCUCGGACUUCAGAGUCUAUCGUGGUGUGCAGAAACGUCACGCAUCCCGCACCCCCCACUCAAAUCCCCGCGCCCCCCUCUCUCCCCCACUCUCCCCUCAUUUUCGCCGCAUCCCCUCUCUCCCCUCAAAUCCCCGCUCUCCCCUCAUCUUCCCCGCUCUCCCCUCAUCUUCCCCGCUCUCCCCUCAUCUUCCCCGCUCUCCCCUCAUCUUCCCCGCUCUCCCCUCAUCUUCCCCGCUCUUCCCCCAUCUUCAGCGCUCUCCCCUCAAUUUCUGUGCUCGUUCCUCAUCUCCCCGGCUUUCCCCAUCCCCCACUCCCCCCCUCUCCCUCCCCUCCCACUGUACCCCCACUCACCCGUCAUCUUCCCCCUAUUCCCACGUCCUGACCAUCCCUCAUCCCCCCCGCCCUCUCCUCACCUUUCCCCCGCUCACCCCUCAUCAACCCCACCCAUACACUCCUCAUUACCUUUUCCCAUCCAUCACCACUCUCCAGUCCCUUCCCCCCAACCAACCCACAUUCCCCCUCCGCUCACGCUUCAUCUCCUCAUUCCCAUCCACCUCUCUCCAGAUCCUCCCCCACCCUCCUCCCCCACCCCCCCCCCCUCUCUCCCCUCUCUCCUGCCCCGCCCAACCAUCCCUCAUUCCCCCUGCCCCUACCCCUCAUCUCAAAGCUCUCCUCAAAUCCCUCUCCCGCUCACCCCCUCAUCUCCCCUUCCCCGCACCUUUUGCUUGUCCUCUUGCCUCUGCGCCUUGCCUCACCUCCUUCGGUUUGCUGCUUCCGUUUGGGUUCUUCUCUGAAGUGAUUUCUCUGUCUCUCCCUUUUCUGCUAUACUUGCCAUGGCGGUAUGCAUCAGUGAGCUGCCAUGGCGGCAUGCAUCAGUGA